CUGACUAUUUUGUGAGACAAAAUAGGCCGUACGGGUUUGAAAAACGUGAUUGAAAAAUCAGCCCCGUAACAGUUGGUAUCAGAGCCGAAGUUGUUCCUGAUUCUCGAAGAUGGAGACCCCGAAGCGCAAUGACCCUGAACAGUCGGAUGUACAGGAUGACGAUAAGGAUAAUGCUGCUGACUUUAUUCGGCAUCUAAUUGGUGAAGAAUUAGUUGGCGUAAAUAAAAGGCUUCAUAGCCUUGGCAAGGACAUGGAAGCGUGUCAGGCAGAGAACAAUUCCCUUAAGACAGAACAAUUGAUUUUGAAGCAGGCCGUGUCGGCAACGGCGAGGACAGGUAUGGAUGUCGCUCCUUCAAAGAUCAAAGUUCCAGAGCCUAAGCACUUUGAUGGGGCUAGGAACGCUAAGGAAUUGGAGAAUUUCUUGUGGGACAUGGAAGAAUAUUUCAAGGCUGCCAAGAUCCCAGAAGGGGAGAAGGUUUCGAUCGCCUCGAUGUACUUGAUGGGGGAUGCGAAACUUUGGUGGCGUGGCAGAGUCAUUGAUGAUGCAAACUCUGGCCGGAUGGGGAUUGAGUCGUGGGAGGGACUCAAGAAGGAAUUGAAGACCCAAUUCUUGCCCCACAACGUGUCGUGGAUGGCACGUGAGAAUCUGAAGAAGUUGAAGCAGACCGGAUCCUUGCGGGAAUAUGCCGAACUGAGAAGGUUGGCAGUGAAGGACUUGCCUACUGCCAUGGCCGAGGCGGAAAGCUUGGUGGACUUCAAGACAAUGGCGCCCCAAGGAAAGAAAGGGGACCAUCCUAAGAAGGAGGGGAAGGCUAAGUUUGAGGGGAAAACCAAGUUUAAGAAGAAAGGUGGAGAUGGCAAGGCACCUGCGGAAGGCAGGAAUAAGGAAAAAGCACAAGCCGGUGGGUGUUGGACGUGUGGUGGUGAUCACUUCCAACGCAACUGUCCAAAAGGUCCAAAGAUCAAUUCCAUGGUCGAGGAGGCGACUGGGGUAAGUAAUUCUGUUCCGGCUCGGUGUAGUCCUUUGCAGUUGAUGUCUGCCAUGAACGAAUCUGCCCAGAAUUUUGUGAAUCGUGGAUUGAUGUAUGUGUUGGUUGUGGUCAAUGGCGUGGAGUUGUUGGCCAUGAUUGACACGGGUGCUAGUCACAAUUUUGUGACUGAACGGUUGAUUGGACGACUUCAACUUAAAUUGGAAGGGAAUUCAUCUAUGAUCAAGACCGUGAAUGCCGCAGCGAAGGAGGUCACUGGGCGGGCAUACGUCAAGAUCAAAGUUGGGGAAUGGCAAGGAGAAUGCAGUCUCACGGUGUUGCCCCUUGAUGACUUUGAUUUGAUCUUGGGGAAUGAAUUCCUAAUUAUGGUUAAGGCAGCUGUAUUCCCUUACCUUGGAGGGAUGAUGAUAAAUGAUGAGCGUUCGCCUUCAUUUGUGAAGGGACGCUAUGCUGAUCAGAAACAGGAACACAAAGGUUUGGCCUCAUGCUCGGCAAUGCAACUCAAGAGGGGAGUGCGUUCGGGCUACCAAACCUACCUUGCUGUUAUGAUGGAAAUAAAGGAAGGUGUCUUUCAAGAUGUCCUAGACAAAGUGGCGGAACUACUUGAAGAAUUCAGUGAUGUGAUGCCACCAGAAUUGCCGAAGAAGUUGCCUCCAAAGCGGGCAGUGGAUCACCGGAUCGAGUUAAAACCGGCCAAGAAGGACCCAAAAUACCAGAAGUUGGUUGAACAGGUAACCAGCGGGAUCGUGCGGAGAUACUGGCUGGAAGAUGGCUUACUGUUUGGCAAAGGUGGCAGGCUUUAUGUCCCAGAAGGUGACUUACGGGUGCAGUUACUGAGGGAGACUCAUGACCCGCAAUGGGCUGGUCAUCCGGGUGUGACUCGGAUGAUGGCAUUGCUGUCCAGGGACUAUGUCUGGCCGAAGAUGGAACAUGACGUGGAGGCAUAUGUGCGGACUUGCCUGGUAUGUCAACAAGAUAAAGUGGAGAAACGGAAGGAGGCAGUACUCUUGCAGCCGCUGCCUAUUCUAGAGAGACCGUGGCAAUCAGUGUCCAUGGAUUUUAUUUCAGGUUUUCCUAAAGUGAAUGGCAUGUCAACAAUCUUGGUGGUUGUUGAUCGUUUCUCCAAGUAUGGAGUGUUCAUAGCGGCUCCGGAUAGUUGCCCUGCUGAGAAGACGGUGGAUUUGUUUUACAGGAAUGUGGUGAAGUACUUUGGCCUUCCUGAAGACAUUGUGAGUGAUCGUGACACGCGAUUCACUGGUCGGUUUUGGACUUCCUUGUUUAAGCUGUUGGGCAGUUCUUUGAAGUUCUCCACAGCAAAUCAUCAGCAAAGGAUCAGCAGCAAAGCCGUUCACCGGGGCUUGGUUCCGAAGUAUGAUGGUCCGUUUGAAGUUAUGCACAAAGUUGGAGAGGUGGCUUACCGUUUAAAACUACCUGAACGGUUGAAAGUUCAUCCUACUUUUCAUGUAAGUUUUUUGAAGAGGUUUAAUAAGGAAGAGUUUGAUGCUUCAAGGCAACAACUUAAGCGUGCUCCUCCAACAAUUCGGGAACAAUUUGACAAAGGCAUUGAGAAGAUUUGGGAGCAUAAAACCAAAGGACAAAGCAAAAAGAACCGACGGACGGAAUACCUUGUGCAAUGGGAAGGUGGUUCCAAAGAAGACUCAAGUUGGGUGCGAGAUGUGAAGUUGUGGCAAUUCGAAGACAAGAUCGAGGAGUAUUGGCGUGGUCGCGAUGCUGCCUCACAAGCUCCGACGAGGACGUCGGACACUCCUGGUGGGGGAGGUAUGUCGGGUACUGGCUGGGAUAGCACGAUUGGCUCCGAGGGAAGGAUGGCUAAGGUUGUUGCUGAUCCUAAGCCGAACCAUGGGGCGGGAGUCACUGGCAGGGUUGGCCAGACUUGCAGGAACGAAGUGGCUCACGAGUGGUUCGGUGGAAAACGAAGUUGGCUCAAGUUGGCUCACAGUUGGCACAGUGAUGGGGGCGCGGCGUGGGGUGCGGCUUGGACCAGAGUGGCUUUGGGUGGAAGCCACGGGUUGGCUAAGGAUGCAUGGCCAGGGGCGCGUGGCAGUUACCAGGCGGGAAAUGCCAUUUGAAAUUCAAAAGGGCGGUUGGCUUUUGAAUUUGAACCAAGGGCGGUUUGGCAUUGGUGUCCCUUCAUGAAGGGUCGUGUCUGGCUAGAUGGUUGGCCUGUAACCAUCACGGUUUUGCCUAUAUAUAUGACUGCCCAUGGCAUGUGUUAGCCAAGCGAGAAAAGGGCUAAAAACAGAGUUGUUUGGCUGUUCCUUUGUAUUAUACGAGUCUAAUACAAAGUUGGUUAUUUACCGUAAAUUUGUGUUCGUUGUGUUCUUGAAUAUAUUCUGUCCCUAAGAAAAGUUAAGGCUGACU